AUUAUACCUGGCUGGACCUAACCAGGGAAGAGGUCUCCAAAAUGUCAAGGGUGUUUUGGACGAAUAGCAUCGUCGAGGGCUUGUCGCUGCCCUCCCAUAGGACAUCAGAAUAUGCACAAUCUAAGACCGGCUUGCCAGUAUGACCGGUGCGGUUCUUCUCGCUCCCGGCUUGAGCGUAUCGUUAGCGGUAGCAGGUGGGAGCCGAAGAAGAGGCCAUCGAUGGAGAGAUGCGCAUCCGUAGGGUGCGCCGUUUGAUGACGCAAACUCGCGAGAGAGCCUUCUCCAAGGGCGGCCAAUAUCCGACGUAGUUUGUUCGGUCCACGGCUUCGGCGCCUUCAGAGUCGCCUUUCGUCACCGGGUGUUGGUACCUACUGCUCGCAGCAGCAGGGUGCGUAAGAACCCUGGUUGGCAGGCAUUCGGAUCGGCUAAGGCGUACCUCUGUCGUGGGAAUUGGCCCUGUGAAGGUCGAUUCCGCAAUGCUCGCCGCCAACCAAGCCGUCCACUCGGCGACUCCAUCCUCGACAAUCCCCAAAUGGUCGCAUCCUGCCCGUCCAGGCAGGGGUGUAUGCGCCACACCAGCUCUAAAGGACUAUUCGUCUGCAUACUACGUACCGUCACCCAUGUCUACACCCUUGGGUACUUUGCCCUCGCGCGGGUAUACGAAGUGGAAGGACGAUGCGAGCAGGAAAAAUACAAGUAUCUUGCUAUAUACGGCCAUACGACUCUUCUCGCCUCCCGGAUACCUCUCCUCCUGAUAUCGUCUCUCUUCUCCUGCCCUUAUUGUGAGCUGCUAGCGAGUCUCUUUUCUUUCCGUUCUUAUUAUAUUUUAUGUUCUAUAUCUCUUUCCGUAAGAUGACGUGACUGCUUCCGAUCGGGGUUGUCGCCGCCGAGUACGUUUACGAGACGCGGAAUUCUAUGGUACCAUCAUCAACACCUAGGCCAUCACUUCUGCCACGAGCCCUUCGCUGGAGCCAAAAAAAAAAAAAGAGAGAGAGAG